AUGGCGAGAAGGAUAAUUUAAAAUACGAUAAUGAGAAGGAUUAUAAUGUGAAUUAUUAUCAUAAAGAUGAUAAUGCUCAAGAAAAUGAGAACAUUAACGAAAACGUUGAGGUUAACAUUAACAUUGAUAUUGACGUACCUAUAAUACAUCAACCUAUAAUACAUCAACCUAUAAUAAAUCAACCUAUAAUAAAUCAACCUAUAAUACAUCAAAUUCAUUCAAAACAAGAAUCAACUCAAUCAUCUCAAGAAGAAGAAGAAUCAUCGAUUCAAUCAUUUGAAGAAAAUUUACAAAUAUCAUCCACUUCAUCUAAUUCUACUUCAAGUUCACCUUAUUCAGCUGAAUUAGUACAAACUCCUACUAAUGGCUCAUUUAGUAGUAGUAAUAAUGAAAAUGAACCUUUAUCAUCACCUAUAAGACCAUUAAAAGCUAUGACAAGAUCAAAUAAUAAUAAUAAUGAUAAUAAAGGAAUUUCAAGUGUUUAUGAAGUAUUACAAGAAAUUAAACCGGAACAUCCACUUCGUAUUAAUACUCAAUUUGAAUUUACUACAAAUAAUUCAAGACCUACAUCAUCACAAUCAUUAUUAUAUAAUUCAAUAAGUCAUAAUCCAUUAUCUCAUCAUCAUCGUAAUUCGGUACUUUAUGCUGAUAAUACUUCUCCUACAUCCACUCGUAAUAAUAAUAAUUCACGUCGUAAUUCUCGUAAUUCUGCUAAUUAUACUCCUCCAAGACGUUAUUCAAAUAUUCAAAGACCAUCAUUAACAAAAUCUUUUUAUGAAAAUAAAAAUGAUAUUAAUAAUUAUUUUAAUAUAAUUCAAGAAAAGCAAGAAAAGAAAAUUAAUAUUAAUAAUAAUAAUGUUGAAAUUAAAAAAAAUAUUUAUAAUAAUAAUAUUAAUAAUAAUAAAAAGUUUGAUGAUAAGAAUUAUUAUGAUGAUGAUGAUGAUGAUGAUGAUGAUGAAAAUAAAAUGUAUAUAAAAUAUUUUUUUUGGUUUGGUUUCUUAUUUAUACCUAUUUGGUGGUUUGGUAGUUUUUAUAAACCUAAUGGUACUGAAGAUUAUAAAUGGAGAAAACGUUGUAGAAUGGCUAGUAUAUGGGUUGUUGUUGCUUCGGCUAUUAUACUUAUUAUUUUUCUUAUAAUUGAACAAAGACACAAAGCUGGUAUGUAAAAAGCUGAUAUAAUACGUAAAGGGUCUUAAAGGCUGAUACGUUUAAAGGCUUGAUACGUAAG